AUUGGUGAGAACUUAGAAGCCACCCCAAUUCAUCUCCUUCUAGUUCCUCAACACCAAUGGAGGUUUCAAGCAAGAUUCUCAGAAGAUCAAUUCACAUUUUUCUUCAAAACUAUCAUUACUUCACAUCAACCGCAGCUUUUCUUGCUUUUCCUUUCUCAGCUUCAAUACUCCUCUCACAAGCUUUAAUCCCUCACCCUUCAUCCCUCUUGCCUCAAAUCUACAAUCGCAUGAGAACUCUGUUUGAUGCUGCAGGCUUUCCUUCUUCUUCACGCUUGUUUAGCAUUCUUAACCUGAAGGUUUCUCAAACAAUCACUUCUUCAAUCUUCACCCUUCCUUUCACACUCACCUUUCUCCUCAUUGCAAAAGCAUCCAUAAUCCAUGCUCUCAAUCACCAUAAACCAACUUUGCCACCUUCCUUCAAUUCAAUAAUAUCCCUUUACAAGCCACUCCUCCACACCUAUGUCUACAACUGUUUCUUGAUUCUCUCAGCGAAUGCAACUGCUUUUUGUCUCAUGUUUUUGGCCUUCAGCUUCAUUGAAGGACUUGGCUAUUCUACCCCUAGUUUCCUCCUCCUCUUCAUGUCAGCAGCUGGGGCAGUUCUCUUUUCUGUGAUUCUUGCCAAUGCACUUGUCAUAUGCAAUAUGGCACUGGCUCUAUCUGGAAUGGAGGGACAUGGAGGAUACUUAGCAAUCCUGAAAGCUUGUGUUCUGAUAAGGGGAAAGAUGUCAAUGGCUUUGUUCCUGGCACUGCCUGUUAAUGUGGCUCUGGCUGCUGUUGAGGCCUUGUUCCAGUUCCGGGUUGUAAGGGUCUAUCAUGUUGCUGGAAUGGCAGGGCCUUGUGUGGCUUUAGAGGGGAUUUUCAUUGCUUAUCUGUACUCAAUCUUCAUCAUCCUUGACACAAUCGUGAGCUGCAUGUUUUACAAAAGCUUUAAGACAGGAUCAUGGAUUGAUCAGGAGGACAAACAUUUGUUGAGGAUCGAAUUUCCAGAUGAGGACAAUUAUGCUUACAUGGGCAACAAGGAUUUCGGAGAGCUGCCAUAAAGUAACAUCAA